AUGGUCCUAUCAUCUUUGUUUUAUCAUCUGCUCGCUUUCUUUCUCCACAGGCAAACUUCAGCUACUACCCAUGUUGUUCUUGGCCAGUUCAAAACUUGUGUCAUUCUUCUUGGAGGUUUUCUUCUCUUUGGUUCCAAUCCCGGACCAACUAGCAUAUUUGGAGCAAUCACUGCUCUUGUUGGUAUGUCUUUCUACACUUAUCUUAACUUGCUUUCACAACAGCAAUCAGUUAAAACAUCGUCAAGACAAGCUUCGUUCUCUUUACCAAAAUCAAAGCUCGGCAAAGACAAUGGGGGCAGCGACGAGAUAAAUGGGGAUGAAUCUGUUUAA